GGAGUGAGCCGCGCGGGCCGCCGUAGUCAGCUGCUAAGAGCAGGAAGAGUCCGAGCGGCGGGCGGAGUCUGCAGGAUGGCACCGGACCCCUGGUUCUCCACAUACGAUUCUACUUGUCAAAUUGCCCAAGAAAUUGCUGAGAAAAUUCAACAACGAAAUCAGUAUGAAAGAAAAGGUGAAAAGGCACCAAAGCUUACCGUGACAAUCAGAGCUUUGUUGCAGAACCUGAAGGAAAAGAUCGCCCUUUUGAAGGACUUAUUGCUAAGAGCUGUGUCAACACAUCAGAUAACACAGCUUGAAGGGGACCGAAGACAGAACCUCUUGGAUGAUCUUGUAACUCGAGAGAGACUACUUCUGGCAUCCUUUAAGAAUGAGGGUGCCGAACCAGAUCUAAUCAGGUCCAGCCUGAUGAGUGAAGAGGCUAAGCGAGGAGCACCCAACCCUUGGCUCUUUGAGGAGCCAGAGGAGACCAGAGGCUUGGGUUUUGAUGAAAUCCGGCAACAGCAGCAGAAAAUUAUCCAAGAACAGGACGCAGGCCUUGAUGCCCUUUCCUCUAUCAUAAGUCGCCAAAAACAAAUGGGGCAGGAAAUUGGGAAUGAAUUGGAUGAACAAAAUGAGAUAAUUGACGACCUUGCCAACCUAGUGGAGAACACAGAUGAAAAACUUCGCAAUGAAACCAGGCGGGUAAACAUGGUGGACAGAAAGUCAGCCUCUUGUGGAAGUUAUGAACAAAGCCAAGCUGAUGAUCAAAUCCUUUCCAGAACAGUGGUUGAGAUCUAACCUCCACCCAAGCCAGCAAGCAGUACCAUUCAACAAGACUGGAAAAGAAGCACCCCUUUAUAUCCAGGAAACUGUCAGAAGGGACCGCUGAGAGCAGACGGCAGAGCAUGUUAGACUAGACAGCAACAGAGCCGCUGCAUUGAGGCCUGCCACGCAAACACACGCCCACUCCCAAACAGCUUGGAUUUCCAACGUGAGACGGGAAUGCGUGGGAAAUCGCCAAGGCAGAAAGGCCUCAAGCCAAUUCUGCAAUUAGCCAAUAGCCUGUACUGGCCUCCACAUUCAUUUAGAUAAAUUUUGAAAUCAUCAGCAAACUGUGGAGCUAGAUUCUUUCUUUGCGAAGACAAAGUCAGACAGUGUUAACCUGCGUAGCGCCAUGAGGAAAGGAUGUGGGACGAGCUCUGCUUCCCACCCCCGGCAGGAGCUGAAUCAUUCUGCAGGGACACCCCUGGCUGUGUGUGGCCUGGCGUGGUCCUCGCUGGCAGUGGGGAGAGGGGUCCCUGCUGGGGGUGGAGACUGGGUCCAGGACCUAGCAGCCCUACCUCGAGGCCCUGCUUCCAGGCUCACCCCCAUCUUAGUUAAACCUGCAGAGGGGAUGUUAAUUAGCAAAGACUGGCGCUCAGGGAGUUGGGGGAGCUCUUAGCCCUCUCCCUUCCAAGAAAGAUGACCUUUUGGACCCAAAAAGGAGAAUUGGGCUCCAGUUGCUCUCGUUCGAGGCACUCGGAGUGCUUCCCACGUAUCUCAUUUAUCCUCAUGACACCCCAGAGAGGUAAGUUUGUUUGAGGUUUAUACAAAGUUAUGAUUAUGCCUAUAGAUUCCAGUUCCUGCCUCUAUGUCAUUCUAAACCUCGGGUCUCAUCCCCAUCUCACUUUUCCUAACAUAACUAAACCCUUCGGGGAAUGAAACGUCUCAGGCUUUCGCCUCGCCAAAGGGCGGUUUUCCCCCUUCCUUCUUUGUUGUUGUUAAGUUUGAUUUAUUGCUUCGCAUUCUAGCCAGGCUCGAUGGAUGUUCGGAAUAUUAUAAAUAAUGUGGAUUGAAAAGA